AUGGAUUAAUUAGAAUUAUUGAAAACUUGGAAAGGAAUCAAAGAAAUCUUACAGAAGAAAUAUAGUGAUAUAAAUGCAGCAUUUACAGAUUUGGAUACAAAUAAUUCAGGAGAAAUAGAGAUUGAUGAUUUAGAAUCAGAAUUAAAGAGAAAUCACAAUAUACAAUCUGAUGAGUACUUUGUUAAUUAAUUUAUUAUUAGAACUAUAAGAUAAUUGUUUGAAUAUUUAAAUACAUCUAAAUCAGGAGCAAUAGAUUUAGAUGAAUUUGAGAAUCAUUGGACAUAAGUUGAUUAAAAUAUUAAGUAAAUUACAAAUCAAUAAAAGUUUUAACAAUAAAAAUAAGAAAAUGAAUAAUAAUAAUAAUAAUAAUAAUAAUAAUAAUUGUUGAUAUCAUCUGGAUAGAAAUCAACAUAAUAAUUUUCUGAUCUUUUUAAAAGUUAUGCAUCAGGAAAUUCUCCUACAAAAUACAUUAAUAUUUAAGGUGAUUUUUAAAUAAAUCAUUUUAUUCAAACAACUGGAACUCCUCCAAAUUAAUAAUAAUAACGUCCUCUUAAUUUUUUAGAUAAUUUUAAUUAUAAUAAAAAAAUAUCACCACCAAAACAUUCUUACUUAUUAAAAAGUAGAGCAGAGAUUUAAUAGGAUAGAUUAAAAGAAAUGUAAAAGAGAAUUACAAAUAUUUUUAAUGGGAAACCAGAAUAUAAAAAUUAAUCACCAAGAUUAAAAAAAGAUUUUGAUAGUUAUCUUAAUAAUAAAUUAGUAAAACCAAUUACAACUAGAAGAUAAGCUUCUUAUACUUAAUUGACAUUAGAUUUUUAGAAUUUGUUACCAUAAAGAAAGACAUAGAAAAAUAAUGAAUAAAGAUUAUCCUUUAAUAUUAGAACAGAUCCAUCUCCAAAUAGAUCUUAAGAUAGAAUAUCAUUAUAACAAUAUGCAUAUUAAUUUUUUGAUAGAGUUUAUGAACACAAAUAAAAAUCAUCUUUAAUGGGAUUGUAAAAGAAAUAAUAGAUUUAACCAAAGACAACAUUUAUGUUCAGAUUAUGA